GGGGACCCAGAGGGAGGCACCGACCACACCGUGCUGAACCAGUAGCCUUGUCUCCCGCGGUCAUUAACCUUGCUGGGAAAAGCAGGGGCAGCUCCCUGGCAAGGCUGGUCAUUUGGAGAAUGUGAGCCGCGCCAGAGGCAACUGCAGGCACGUUUCUGGGAAGCUGCUCCUUCGCCGCGAAGUGAGUUGAAAGAGGGGUCCCUCUGCGUGCGUGCGCUCGCCCGCCCGCCCGCCGACAUGAGAUUCCCGCAGCUCCUUUUGAGCUGGGUUUUGCUGCUGACGGGGCUGCUCCUUGUCAACGGGCAGAGGCCAGCUAAUCUGGCCAACAGACGAAAACUACACAGACAUCACUGUUCCCACAGGAGAUGCAUGCCCCUUCAUUCCAGAGUGCCCUUCCCUUGAGUUUCUUCAAAUUUGUUGAGAAAAAGAAUUAAGCACAGAAGUCCAGAUGACAACAUUUGAUAAUGGCACAGUUAUAAUCUCCAUAAGCCAUCAUCAGGAAUGUACAGAAAUCGUAUGAGAAAUCUGGUGGAAGAAGCUUUACUGGAGUCUGGGGAUUCUUUAAGAAAGGAGAAAACAAUGAUCAACCAAAAGAUCUUAUCCAGAAGUGCUGGAGAACCAUCCAAAAGUGCAGUAUACUCACCACUUUUCUUGGCAUGUCAGUAUAGUAUAGUUUCUAGUAACCAGAAAGCAAACACUACAAUAUUAGACAAAUUAUGUUCUCGAAAAAGCUUUUGCUGUAUUAAGUGUCUCUUAAUCAUGUAUCUUUUAACACCCUAUUAAGAAUAUGCAAGAAUGAAAUUAGUGUUUGAUAAACAACAUGACUGCUUAAAGCCACAAUUAUUUAAUCAGUUUCACUAUUAAUUGAAGACCAGGAUGAUCUGUUUUAUUCCUAUUGUGGCCCAGUGUUUCUCAACCCAGCCCUACAAGAUACUACACUAUCUUGGCCUACAAUUCCAGAAUUUCCAACCAACAUAGUCAUAGCAUGUCAGCAGGGGUGGGAGAUUAGAUAAUCUGCCUAUUUUUUAAAGGGGAAAUUCCUAAAUACUAACUAAAAUUAAUAGAAAAACCUCACAAGCAUGUUUGAGCCUUAGAGUUCACUUAUACCAGUGGAAAUGCACUGUGCUAAUAAGGCUUUGCAUGAUCAGGUGCUUAACAGAUCAGCAUUGUAAUAUAUGUCUUGCCAUAAAGUAGUCCUUGAUAUAUUUGUAGACAUUUUAACACUACAAUCUAUUUGGAUCAUAUAUUGUGAUUCACUAAUUUCUUAAAGCAUGUUUGUAACUGUAUAUGUUGUAAAAAUGUAUUUCAAAUAGCAUUAUCACAUUAAAUUCUCAUGUAUCUUUUAACAUUUUUGUAUUUUGUAUAUUGAAAUCACCCACUUUCACAGAGAAGUGAAAUCUUUACUUAAUUUCUUUUUAAUUUUCAUAAGGGAUCAAUAUAAACAGUAAUAAUCUAUCUACCUAAGUAAACUAUACAUUAAACCAUUCUUUUUUCAAUUUUAAACCAAAACUAUUAAUAGAAUUUAAUCAGAUAAUGGCGCAUUAAAGAUAUUGUGGCUGUCCAGUUCCAGCAGAAUAAGAAUUAUCCACCUUUCUUUGGAGAGAACUGCUGAAAUUAAAGAUCAAUAUUUUUAAAUGUCAGUGUGCUGUGUUGUAUUCCUAAUACAAUAAUCUCUCUGGAUGUUUUAAACAAAAUUUGUCAUGUGAUUAGAUUAAAUGAAAUAAAUAAAAUCAUUUAACCCAUAAAGAACCAAACUGAGAAUUAAGACGUGAAGAUAUGGAAUCUUCUAUAGGUUCAAAAGUGCAAGCAGAUUAUUCCCAGAUAAAUUAGUAUGGGGUUGCACUUGAGAUUUAAACUUUUUAAUACUUGCUUUGCCAGAUUUUGACAAUAAUAAGGCCUCAAAUAAGUUAAAGAGAUGUAUUUUUAAAAGAGUGCAAAUAAUUAAAC